GAGGAUGUCCAGAAGGCGCUGCAUGCGAACUGCCCGGAGCACUGCGGCAGAAGGAGGCACCGGCGAGCCGAGGAGUCCCCGGAGCGGGCCACCGAGGCCUACCUGGAGGAGCUAGCUAACGCGAGCUUCAAGUGCUCGACUGCGAAGAGGGGUGAGAUGUGCUACGACCUCGUCGAGUGGACUGUCACCAAGGUGCUGGAGGACCCCGACUUCCACGCGGGCGUCUCUGCGGCCGCCAGCCCUGAGCAGGUCCAGCUGCAGCUGCACCGCGACAGGCCCGGCAUCUGCCCGCUCCCGUGCCUAGAGGGACUGCCGCACCAGG